AUGGCCAACCUUUGGUUUUGGUUUUCCUUCUCCAUGUUCUCACUGCUUUGCUGUCUCAUGGUCUCCCCAACUUUAUGUAGUCACGCCAAUUUCACCAAAUAUGAUGAAUUAGCACUUCUUGCUUUCAAGUUUCCUGUGAGAGAUCCAUUCAAUCACUUGUCUAAUUGGUCCAACCCUUCCUCCAUUUGCAAUUGGGUUGGGAUUACUUGUGAUGCUAACAAUGAGAGAGUAAAUAUAUUGAACCUUGCUACCAUGAAUCUCAUCGGCACCUUACCCUCACAAGUGAGGAAUUUGUCUUCCCUUGUUGAACUUGAUCUUCAUAAUAACAAUUUUCAUGGAGAUAUUCCCAAAACAAUUGGUGCUCUCACAAACAUGAAAAUUAUAUACCCAGGGACUAACAAUUUGUCUGGCCAAAUACCAAGAAGCAUUGGAAACUUGGCUAUGCUUCAGGAAUUAUAUCUUCAUGACAAUAACUUAGAAGGAGACAUUCCAAAUGAAAUUGCCAAUCUUACAAAUAUUAAAAUUAUGUACUUGGCUCAUAAUCAACUCAUUGGCUUCAUACCUAGAAGCAUUGGAAGUUUGGUUUCGCUUCAGAAAUUAGAUCUUAGUUCCAAUAAUUUACAAGGUGAUAUACCAGAAGGUAUUGGAAAAUUGGAUAUGCUUCAAGAGUUAGGUCUUGAUCAUAAUAAUUUACAAGGAGGCAUUCCUUCUAAUAUAUGCAAUGGACUUCCAAAUUUACAACAUUUGCCAACACCAUCUGGUUGGACACAAUGCAAAGAGCUGAAAAACUUAACAUUAGAAGACAACUUUCACAAAGGUCAUAUACCCAAAAGUAUUGGAAAUUUGACCCUGCUUCAAAAGUUAACUGUGGGUUCCAAUAAUUUGGAAGGAUCAAUUCCAAAAGUAAUUGGUGGUUUACAGGAUCUUCAAUAUUUGAAUCUUGAAGGCAAUGAGCUACAUGGCCUAAUCAUUGAUGAGAUAUGUGAAAUCACAAAGCUUGCCUAUUUAUCAUUAAGCAGAAACAAGUUUUUUGGAAAAAUGCCACAUUGUUUAGGAAAUGUUACCUCUUUACGAGAACUUUACUUGGACUCUAAUAAGUUAAUUUUAAAAAUACCCUCCUCCUUUUGGAAUUUGAAGGAUAUAUUGAAAGUAAACUUAUCUUCCAAUAUUUUAGUUGGAAAUGUAUCAUCAAGUAUUGGAAACUUAAAUGCUCUUAUAUCACUAGAUUUGUCAAUAAAUCAUAUUUCAGAAAAUAUUCCAACAUCUUUGGGUGGACUAAUGAACUUGCAAGAUCUCUCCUUAGCACAUAACAAUUUGCAAGGAAAUAUUCCUAAAUCAUUUGGAAAUAUGCUGAGCUUAGAAAAUUUGGACCUUUUUGAGAAUAAUUUAUCUGGUGAGAUCCCCAAAUCCUUGGAGUCACUUACUUAUCUUAAGUAUAUCAAUCUCUCCUACAACAAACUACAAGGAGAGAUUCCAAGUGGUAGAGUUUUUGCAAAUUUGACUACUGAAUCUUUCAUGAUGAAUGAAGCUCUUUGUGGCCUUCCACAACUAAAAGUGCCUCCUUGUGAAAAAGGAAGAAGAAAAUGGUCAUGGGAAAAUCACUUUUACUAA